AUGGCUCCCUCCCCGACCCCGAACGCGCCCCGUACGCUGGCAGAGCUUGUGGAUCUGCUCAAAGAUGACGAGAUGGUCAAGGUGGCAGGCGUCGACGUGGACGGAGUUCUUCGCGGCAAGAUCAUGUCCAAGAGCAAGUUUCUUUCGGCUGUCGAGACUUCUUUCGGGUUCUGCGGAGUGGUAUUCGCGUGGGACAUGCACGAUGCUACCUACCCGCGCGAGCUCUUGGUGUCGAACAAGAGCAACGGCUACCGUGAUCUGAACGCCCAGAUCGACUUGUCGACGUACCGCCAAAUCCCGUGGGAAGACAACAUCCCGUUCUUCCUGGUGUACUUCUACGACCAGGGAGACGACAAGCCGCUCCCUGUCGACCCCCGCAGUGCGCUUGCGAAGGUCACGGACGAGGCUAAGGCUAUGGGAUGGGACUGCAUGACCGGCGCUGAGUUCGAGUUUGCGGAGACCGCCCAGUCUGCCGAAGCAAAGAGCUUCGUGAACCUGACUCCCCUGACUCCGGGCAACCAUGGAUACUCGCUUCUGCGCACGACCCUGAACAAGGACUACUUCUACGAUCUCUACAAGGUCUCGUCCAAGAUGGGCGUCGAGAUCGAGGGACACCAUACCGAGACUGGACCUGGUGUGUUCGAGACCGCCCUGGCGUACACCGACGCGGGCCGUAUGGCCGACAACGCGCUGCUCUUCAAGCUCAUCGCGAAGAGCAUGGGCAUGAAGCACAACGUCCUGCCGUCGUUCAUGGCUAAGCCAUGGGAGAACGUAGGUACAUGGGCCUCAUAUCUAUCUAACAGACAGCUUUCCGGAUGUUCCGGACACAUCCACGUCUCGCUCCGCGACAAGGACGGCCGCAACAUCUUCGGCCUGUCAAAGGAGGAGACUGCGGCCGGUGGGCGCAAGGAUGCCAAGUGGAAGGACCUGCAGUACAUUUCGCAGGAGGCGGAGUGGUUCCUCGCCGGACUGCUGGAGGGCCUUAAGGACGGUGAGUUGAUGCGAGCGCGGACUCAACUGACCUCAGUCAUCCCGCUCAUGUGCCCGACGAUUAACUCGUACAAGCGUCUGCUCGGCGGCGAGCAAUACUGGGCACCCGACACUGCGUCGUACGGGUACGACUCGCGCGCCGCGUCGAUCCGCAUCAUCUCCGCUCCCGGCGUCAAGCCCUCUGCGACCCGCUUCGAGGUCCGCAUCCCCGGCGCCGACAUGAAUACGCACUACGCUAUCGCUGCGAUUUACGCGCUCGGCCUGCGCGGCAUCAAGAACAAGACGCCGCUGCCGUACGGCCCGAUCGGCGCGCCGGGCGUCUCCCGUGACACGAUCACGCACUUGCCCAUCACGCUGGAGAGCGCGACCGAGGCGUUCAUGGCCAAGGACAGCAUUGCGCGCGAAGUGUUUGGCGACUUCUUCGUCGACCACUUCGGCGGCACCCGCGAGGUCGAGCUCGAGCAGUUCGCCCGCGCCGUCACUGACUGGGAGCGAACGAAGGCGGAGGCCGAACAUCGUGCAGACAGGUUUCGAGAGCAUCACGAGGAGCCCCUGAGACCGAAGAAGAUCCGAGAGUUUCAGAUGCUUGGACCGUCUGCAGCGGCGAGUCCCGCGACGCUCGAAGGAGGUGACGGAUUUGGAAUUGCUAAACUGGGUAGCGAUAGGAGGAACGCAAAGUGCUGCGCAGAUGAACCCGCCUUUGACACUGUUAUGCAAACAGAGCGUCAGUGA